UAUAUAAAUACAAAUGAUUCGUCCCUUUGCAGCAAACCCUAAUUCAGCUGUGCCCACCAAGCUUCAAAAUUAAUCUUCAGCCCCAAAAAUGUCUCCCGCUAAAGUUGAUUCGGCCAAGAAACAAGACCCGAAGGCUAAGGCUUUGAAGACUGCAAAAGCAGUGAAAUCAGCAACAUUCAAAAAGAAGUCGAAGAAGAUACGCACGAAGGUCACAUUCUACCGACCGAGGACCUUGAAGAAGGACAGAAGUCCAAAAUACCCUCGCAUCAGCGCACCUCCUCGUAACAAGCUUGACCACUACCAGAUUCUCAAGUACCCACUCACCACUGAAUCUGCCAUGAAGAAAAUCGAGGACAAUAAUACCCUUGUCUUCAUUGUCGAUAUCCGUGCUGACAAGAAGAAGAUCAAGGCCGCAGUCAAGAAAAUGUACGACAUUCACACAAGGAAAGUCAACACUCUUAUCAGGCCAGAUGGGACUAAGAAGGCUUACGUUAGGUUGACUCCCGACUUUGAUGCUUUGGAUGUUGCCAACAAAAUCGGAAUCAUUUAAAUUUCUUGCUCUUAAGUUUUGUUCCGAUUGGUAUUUUCUCGAGGAUAAUUUUGUAGAAGUAUUUGAGAACGAAGAACUCAUUUCUAUUUCAGAUGUUUGCUUGUGCUCCGGGAAAUUGUUUUAUCAAGUAUAUUAGGUAUUUGUGGUGCUUUAAUUCACUUUUCAAGUUUUUGGUCACCAUGUUUCUGUUUCUUGUUCUCGAGCAACAUUUAUGCUUCACUUUUCGUAGGUAUGUGGAUUUGGUGGUGUUUACUUUUAAAGAUGGCAUUAUGUGU